AUGGCUGUGUGCAAAGUCUGUAAAGGUACGGAGUUUGUUCGAGACCAUUCAAAUGCAAACAAUGAUCUUGUUUGUAAGAACUGUGGUGUUGUGUCUGAAGAUAACCCUAUUGUGUCGGAGGUGACGUUUGGUGAGACGAGUGCUGGUGCUGCCGUGGUUCAAGGUUCGUUUAUCAGUGCAGGUCAAAGUCAUGCAUCGUUUCUGUCCCAUGGUGGGUCGAGUGCAUUAGAAUCUCGUGAAGCCACUUUGAAUAAUGCUAGAAGAAAACUAAGAGCAGUAUCACAUGCGCUACGGAUCCCCGAGUAUAUUACGGACGCUGCGUUCCAAUGGUAUAAAUUAGCGUUAGCUAAUAAUUUUGUUCAAGGUCGUAGAUCUCAAAACGUGAUAGCUACAUGUUUAUAUGUUGCUUGUAGAAAGGAAAAGACACAUCAUAUGUUAAUUGAUUUCUCAUCACGGUUGCAAGUGAGUGUGUAUUCGAUUGGUGCUACGUUUUUGAAGAUGGUGAAAAAAUUACAUAUAACGAAAUUACCGCUGGCGGAUCCAUCUUUAUUUAUACAACAUUUUGCAGAAAAGUUGAAUCUAGGUGAUAAGAUGAUCAGGGUGGUGAAGGAUGCAGUAAAGCUGUCACAACGGAUGUCGGACGAUUGGAUGUUUGAAGGGAGACGUCCUGCGGGGAUUGCAGGUGCAUGUGUUCUAUUGGCAUGUCGUAUGAAUAAUUUACGUCGUACUCAUUCGGAGAUCGUAGCGGUGUCGCAUGUUGCAGAGAAUACUAUACAACAGAGAUUGAAUGAAUUUAAGAAGAGCAAAGCGUCAAAGAUGUCCAUCAAGGAGUUUCGUGAGGAUGCGUCGAAGGAUUCGGAGUCGCGUCCCCCAUCAUUCCAUAAGAAUCGUCAGAAUGAGAAAAGGAUAAAGACGCAAUUGGCCAAGACGAAAGCCAAAGAGACCAGUGAGGAAGCAUUGAGUAGAAACCCUAUCUUGUCACAGUUUAUGACUGCUCAGGAUCUGUCGUCGAAGGAAGUGUUGUUCUAUUUGAAACAAUUCACUCAGAAGAGAGAAAAUACAACGAAACGAAUCAAAGCCACACAUGGUAUUGAUGAUGAAGAUAUGUUGGUACAGGAUGGAAUGACAAGAAAAGUUACUCCCAUGGAACAUAAUAGUAGUGAUGAUGAAUCAUCCAAUGAAUAUGAUGAUAUCUCUACAUUAAACAAUCGGAAUCGUCGCAAGAGACGCAUAUUAGCAGAGGAUGAGGAUGUUGAAGUGAAAGAAGAAGAAGAAGAUGAUGAUGAAGAAGAAGAAGAAGAAGAAGAAGAAACGGGUAGACGUAAUUGGAGAACACGUGGACAAAAGAAAUUGUUCGUAGCACAAGAAGAAGUGGAAAAGGAGAGGAGAGAACAGAUCGAAGAGACUGAACUUCUUGUUGGUAGAAGUGGUCAUUUCCAGGAUGAAAUUGAUGGUUACUCAUUAGAGACGGAUCCUUACCGUCCACGUAAUUUGCAUCUGUUACCUACAACACAAUCGAUGUUAGACGGCGUAGCUGAUGAUCCCGACAACCUUGAAGAUGUAGACGACGAAGAAUUGAAUGAUGUGAUCCUCGACGAAGACGCGGUCAGACUUAAAGAACGUAUUUGGAUUGGAAUCAAUGAGGAUUAUCUCUUAGAACAAGAAAAUAAACGUUUGAAAGAGGAAGCCGAUCAAUUGGCAGGGAAUACAAGUAAUAAGAAGAGACGUACCGGUGCGGGUCGUAGUCGUAAACGUAAUAAUGCUCAAGAUUUACCUGUUGUACAUACUGCUGUUGGUGUUAUGUCCCAAUUAGAAGAUAAAUCUGGUUUACAAGCAGCGUUACGUGCGGCUGAAGAAAGUGGUGAUUUAACUACAGCGGAUAGUGUGAAGAAUAUGUUACAAAAGGCCAGUUUUUCACGUAAGAUCAAUUAUGAUGCCAUAGAUGGGUUAUUUAACACAUCUAAACCCAAAUAA